CAUGCCUCUGUGCUGGGACAGGCCUCAGGACUUCAUCCACAUCACAUGUUAUGGUCUCCCUUGCAAGGCAACGAGGAAAGAAUCCUUUAGCAUGCCGAAUUCAGCCCUGGCAAGAUUCCAGUCCUAUCUCACCACAUGCUCCAUUCAUUGCUUGAAGUAGAUUUUCCUUUGUGUAAGGGUUUCGGUCAUAUACUUUCCAUCUCCAUGCUGAGAAAAACUCCUCAAAAAGGGACAGUAUGGUGGAAGAAACACAUUGAUAAAAUGCUGCUCAUUGUGAAACCAAUUGUAUAUUCUUGGACCAUGGUGAAAGCUCACAUUGUCCUAAAUGGGAUGCUCUGCCUACUCGUGAUCUCUCUACUUUGCUUGAGUAGAGAGAAGUAGAGAGAUCGCGAGUAGGCAGUAGUAGACCAUCCUGGAAUGUUGCUAGAAGUUCGGUGUUGUGUGGCUCAACAGUAACAUGACUGUGGAGAACCCCAUAGCUGCAGCUAUGGGGAUAGUUACAUUUCCACCACGCUGGCCAGGCAGUUCAGUUCAGUAAUGGCAUUGCGACCUUUUCUUCUCCUUUUUGCUAGAUUCAAAAUGUAUGUUGUCUUCUAUAAUCCACUGCUGUAUUUCAUGCAGUCGAAUUGCAUUAUUCUGAUGGACCAUAUCCACAAUAAGUGUCUCCUGGUGUUGUGAGCACAUGCAUGUUCUUCCACCCUCACGUGGCCGUCUUUCAAUUCUAAACAAAAUACCAUUUAGUUAUAAGUAUACUUGUACACAUAGCACAUGUAUACACCAUACUAUUUCAUUUACAGAACUAAAAUUAGUUUGGUGUGUACAGAGAAUCUUUGAGCUUGACUGAAUGGUUAGGCCUCAUGAAUACAUCUUUGUGGAGGAAGCUGUAUUCAAUCUCGCAAAAAGCAGAAGAAGAGGUUGCAGCAUGUGUUUUCAAUUUUGAGUGGUAGUGUGUUAAUGAUGAAAACAGUGUGUUAGUUGUGUUUAAUUUCUGUGGCCUGUGUGCACCAUUCAGGGUACAAGUGCACCACAUUGCUAAAUGUGUUUUGUGUUUGAGAAUGUGUUUAGAGUUUUGGUAAAUGGGAGAUUCAGAUUCGCAAAUGGUGUCCUAACCAGAUGAAUAGUGUUUAAGAUUUUGGCAACUGUGGGAUUGAUUUGAUGAAAGAGUUUUCAUAGUUGACAGUUUAGUUUUUACAAUGGGAUUUAGUGUUUUAGCAAUUCAGAAAAACUGUAAGACCUUUAACAUAUAUGUGAAAAAACAACAUGAAAUACUUAUUUUUAGUUUUACUCUCAUACUGCAAUUCACUGCUAUGCUUAAAUAAAUAUGAUGACUAGGCAACUUAAAUUUUUCUCUCUUGUCCUCUCUCCUUUGCUCUGUCUCUCUCUCUCCCUCUGUCGCCUGGCCGGAACUCAUGGGUUUCUGCUUUUGGCCUACACACCUGUGGGAUGGUGAACACCUGCAUCCCAUUAGCCUCCCACUAUUUACAGUUUUUUACAGACGCUAGGACACAUUUCGCAAUACUUAGGUCACUUUUGCAAAACUCCUCACACAGUGAGCACAACAGAAGUCUAUGUGGGCUAAACUGAGGAUCAGUUAUCAUUGUUUUGGCACAAAAUGCAUUCAAUGACUACAUCUCUCAAAUUUCAUGAAUUAUUUUCUCACUCAGACACAACAACUGCCAAAAAUCUUUGUACGUACAGGACAUUUUGCAUGCACUUACAUACUGUUUUCAAAACUGUUAAACUUAUGGUCAAAACAAUAACAUAAUGCAAAACUGAAUAAGACAGCAAAAUUCAACAGCAAUAUUUUAUUGAAACAUAUUUUAAAUCUAAAAAUGCAGUUUAACCAGCCACAGCUGAUUCUCAUUGUAGAUGAACAUCUACACAGGUGCUACUCCUUCAAUUUCAGUACAAAAGGAGACAACUGCUGAAUAGGUUUGUUUUGUGAUGUAAACAUGGACCCAGCCAGAAAUGGAGAAGUGGCUGAAAGAGGAAGAAGAGUGGCUGGGAGGGGGCGAGGAAUACGUAUGCAUGGUGGAAGAAGAAUAAGAGGAAGAUCAAGAGCUGUAGUCGCAGAUGAGAUCAGAGCUACUGUAAUUGAUCAUGUAGUAAAUUAUGGUCACUCAAUGAGAGAGGCUGGUCAGAGAGUGCAGCCAAAUCUGCAACGCUCUACAGUGGCAUGUAUUGUUAGAGUUUUCCGGCAAACCAACAGAACUCAACGGUUACCUCACACAGGAGGGAGAGGACGGAUGUUCACUGAUGUGCAGGAAACUGCCAUUGUUGAUAUGGUCAUCAGAAACAAUGGGAUAAAACUCACUGAAAUUAGACACAGAGUCUUGGCAGACAACGUUACUUUCGCAAAUAUUCACAGUGUAAGCAUAACAACAAUUUCUAGAGUCCUGAAAAAACAUCAGGUCAGGAUGAAACAGUUGUACACUGUGCCUUUUGAGAGGAACUCUGAACAUGUCAAGCAACUCAGGAACCAGUAUGUCCAGAGAGUCAUGGAGAUUGAAGGCAGGCAAACACACCACAUUUUCAUCUUUGUGGAUGAGGCAGGUUUCAACUUGGCCAAAGCACGGCGACGAGGGAGGAAUGUGAUUGGGAAGAGAGCCACAGUGAAUGUCCCGGGCCAGAGGGGUGCCAACAUCACAAUGAGCGCAGCAAUAUCCACUGAUGGACUGCUGUUACACAGACCACUAAUUGGGCCAUACAACACUGAACGGCUCCUUGCGUUCCUGCAUGAUCUCUAUGGAAGGGUUGUGCUAGGUGAGGAAAGGGAUGCGGAGAGAAGGAAUCAGCCAACAUUUAUAAUUGUAUGGGACAAUGUGGCAUUUCAUCACUCCCGUGCAGUCACCGAGUGGUUUGCAGCCCAUCCCAGAAUGGAGUCUCUUUUCCUUCCACCUUACUCUCAAUUCCUCAACCCCAUAGAGGAAUUCUUUUCCUCAUGGCGGUGGAAGGUUUACGACCAUCAUCCACAUGAUCAAAUGUCCCUCCUGGAUGCAAUGAAUGCUGGAUGCCUGGAGAUAUCAGCAGAAGAUUGCCAGGGAUGGAUCAGGCAUGCCAGAAGAUUCUUUCCUAGGUGUAUUGCCCUAGAUGACAUAAGAUGUGAUGUGGAUGAGAACCUGUGGCCAAAUGGAGAAGACCGAGUAGAUUAGCAUUACUAUUGUAUGUGUAUCAGUGGAUGGUGUGUAUACAAAUUCUUGUAUUUUGGGAUUACUUAGUGCAAAAAAAUAAAAAUACAUAAACAAAUAUUAAUGAAUUCUGCAUGAUGUUCAUUCCAGUAACAUAUAUUGAAAUUAUGAACAGAGAUGUGUCCUUGUUUUACACAAGAAAACACUGUGUAAUGCUACAUGUUGUUAGUGUUUUUUAGGUCAUUG